AUUUUGCAAACGGGAGGGGCCGUGCGCGCUCUUGCCUCUAGCCUCUGUCCCCCACCCCCCCUUCCCGUUCCUAGUCUCCCCGGAAAAAUGUCGGAUACGGCAGUAGCUGACACUCGGCGCCUGAACUCGAAGCCUCAGGACCUGACUGAUGCUUACGGGCCGCCGAGUAACUUCUUGGAGAUCGACAUCUUUAAUCCGCAGACGGUGGGCGUGGGCCGCGCGCGCUUCACCACCUAUGAGGUUCGCAUGCGGACAAACCUACCUAUCUUUAAGCUGAAGGAGUCCUGUGUACGGCGGCGCUACAGUGACUUUGAGUGGCUAAAAAAUGAGCUGGAGCGAGAUAGUAAGAUUGUAGUACCACCACUACCUGGCAAAGCCUUGAAACGGCAGCUCCCUUUUCGAGGAGACGAAGGAAUCUUUGAGGAGUCCUUCAUUGAAGAAAGGAGGCAGGGCCUUGAACAGUUUAUUAACAAAAUUGCUGGGCACCCACUGGCUCAGAACGAACGCUGCCUGCACAUGUUCCUGCAGGAAGAGGCAAUUGAUAGGAACUACGUCCCUGGGAAGGUGCGCCAGUAGGAGCCUCUCUCACCAUUUGCCCUCUACUUUCCUGCUGAAAUGACAUUGGUUUUUACACUAAGCUCUUCUCCCCCUUUCUCUUUGAUCUAAAGUUGGCUGUCUGUCCCCUGACCUGAUAGACUAUCUGGCAUUGUGCUUCUUGGUACCUGACUACACCGUGGGCACUAUGCUAGGAUUCUCUUCUCUGAGUCGAGGUGGGAAACCACAGACAGAUGUCCUAUGCUUGGGGUUGGGGAGUGGGUGGGAGAUAGGACUCAAAGGCAAUUUGGGGGACAUUUACCCAUGACAGAAGGCUAACCUUGGUGGGGAGGGGUUUCUUGUGCUGGUGAGGCACUUGAAUACAUACUGAUGCUGCAAGUCCAGGGGAUUUUUUUUCUCACUCUUAGGUUAAACCAGGAACACUGAGCAGGGAAGACAGACAAAAAACAAACAAACAAACAAACGACUCCUGCCCAUCCUACCUGCAUGAACUUGUUCCUUUUUGGUAGGUGGUAGAGAUCCAGAAGCUCUCUUUGUUUUCCAUAGGCCUACUCCCUGUUUCCUCAAUUGUCUAUUUUGUUGCUUUCUCUGUCCCAUAUUACUUUUUAUGGCCAUAAUCCUCAGUAGUUGUGUGGAGCAAGAUAUGUGGGUUUUCUGAGUUCAUCAUGGCUGUUUCAGCGUCAGAAGAAAGCUGUAGAGCAGUAGAGGAGCUCAUGCUACCUAUUUCUCUCCUUUGUGGCCCGUUCUGGCUGCGUGUUCUUGUUCAGCAGUAGGCGAGCUAGUAUGGGCCAGCAGGUCUUUCCCAAGCUUUUGCAGCUUUAUGGGUUAGCUUUGCAGAUUUGAUGGCUUGAGGAUAAGGUAACUUACCACUUGAAGAGUGGGAGUGGAUCAUUUUCUAGGUGGAUCAUUUCCCUACCUCCUGAUGUUAGGGGAGGGGACCACUGCUCUCCUUCCAUUCUCACCUUCCUACAUUCUACUUAGUGCUGCCACAGAGCAGAAGCACAUGAACAAACCACACACACAUAGUCUCUGACUUCACCUAAGCGCUGAGAAGUCUUGAAGGAGGCUCAGGGUUCAGAGUUGUCUCUGCCUCCCCCAUAUUGGUCAUAGAAUCACAGAACUACCUGCACUUCUAUCCCAAUGAACUCCAGCUUUCUCCCUAGAAAUGGAGCUAAGGAUAGUAGCUGGGUAUGGAUUUUUCAAAUCUUAGAGUGAAGCAGUUUCUUGAGGCUAGCAACUGUCCUGGGUGGCAGUGUAGCACAUAGUGGUUUGCUUGCUGGGGCCCAAUAGUUAUUCCCAAGUGAUGGGGUGGGAGCCAGUUAACUCUGGUGCCAUAUCCAAAGUGGCCUCUCUUUACUUAGACUUCCUAUCACAAAAGGAUUAGUGUUCUUGCUAUAGGGCCUUGGGGAAAAGGAUUACUGAUUCUGACAAGAACUUGAUUGGAGAGAUUAGGACUGAAAAUUUGACAUAGGAUUUGCAAUCCAUCUAAAUAUUGAAGUUUGCUCAGAUAGAUUAUCCUGUGACAGAGACUGAGCAGCCCUUGGAGAGGUGCUGCUCCCUUUCCCACCUCCUCAGUGUUGGUGUUGUUGCUACCUUUUUGAUUUGUAUUCUGUUAUCACCAUUUUCCCCUCCAAGAUUUCUUCUCUCAUUGUGCACAAAUGCUGAGAGCCUGAGGUCCCAUUUCUGCUGUGUAUAUAUCCUGCCUCGGGGCUUUUAUUCAGCAAACUGUUCAUUCUUCUGUCAGACAAUGUCAUAUUCAACUCUGUUCACAUUAAACCACUGUGAAUCAAA